AUGGGAAAGAAAAAGCUUAACGAACCUUCGCCUUCGUGCGAUUUUAACUUCAGCAAACAUGGUUUGGAGAAUCUCGAGUCAUUAUAUCCUACACUCUUAAAAGUUGCCGGAUCUAAUGAAUUCCCCUUACUGGAUUUAUCUUCAAUUCAAAUGGAUUUGGAACAAAUUUUGGCUAGCGUAGUGGAGCGUAUAAUUUGUCUAAAAGCCGAGUCCAAAGGAAAGGAUUUACCUGUCAAUAUUAUCUCGUUAAAAUAUCAAAAAGGAAGCUCUGAACCUGAAUCUCAUCAACAAUAUCUCUCAAAAUCUUCGUUAGUCGUUAAAGCUAAUCCUGACAAACCACUCACUCUAAUAAUAUCUCAGCGCUCAGGUCCUUGUCCGAAUUCUCAGUCAAUGCUACCUGCUAUUUCUAGUGGAAUUGGCAGAGUCAAACCUUCAGUCACUGCAUUCGGCUUACGACGUUCCAGUAGAUCAUCCGUUGAAGAAACUCCUGAACCGAGUUCUCCUACAUCUCCUGACAAGAAUCAGUUGUCUGCAAGUUAUGCCAUUCCAAAUAAAUUCUGGGAAUUAAUGGAACCAUAUUGUGCUGAAAUAACUGAAGCCAAUGUCAACUAUUUAGAAAGUCUUAUCCGAUCAUAUCAACAUUUGGAAUCAAUUUAUUUUCAUUUACCUGUACUAAAACAAAGUGAUUUGUGUAAAAAUGAAACUAGCGAAACACCAGCUUACAAAAGACUCAGGCGUGGUUCUUCUCACAUUUUUCAACAGGAAGAAUUAUUAAAUUCAUCAAAUAACUGUAAUUCACAUAUGUCUGCAUCUCAAUUGCUCAAUGUAACUAAAUACUUGGAGACAGAGCUCAAAAAACCAGUCCCUGAAUCUUCUAUGUUGAGUAAAGUAUCUCAAUCCCUUUUGGAAUCUUGUUAUCGAGAUGAUGUGUUGUCAAAUUUCAGCGGAAAAUUGAAUUUUCCUACACAUAAAGGUAUUAUAAUGGCAGUUGGAGGUCAGAAAAAAGUCACUAAAGGAAGCAAGAAAGGAGGAAAGAAGAAAACGGCCGAUCCGUUUUCUAAGAAGGAGUGGUAUGACAUCAAGGCUCCAGCUAUGUUUCCUAAGCGGACUUGUGCAAGAACACUGGUGACACGAACUCAAGGUACACGUAUAGCCAGUGAGGCACUCAAGGGUCGUGUGGUCACGCUUAGUCUAGGCGAUCUGAGUGAGAAAAAUGAAGAAGUUUUCCGCAAGUUUAAACUUCAGGUUGAAGAUGUUCAGGGACGUCAUUGCCUAACAAAUUUCCACGGACUGGAACUCACUCGAGACAAGUUGUGCUCAGUUGUUGUUAAAUGGCGUUCAACUAUCGAAGCUCAUGUUGAUGUGAAAACAACAGAUGGAUACCUACUUCGUUUCUUUAUAAUCACAUUCACUCCAAGUGUACCUCGUUCGGAGAGGCUCCAUUCUUAUGCCCAAAGCACGCGUAUUAGACGGAUACGUGCGCGUCUUGUCGAAAUAAUUCAACAAGAAGUUUCAACAUGUGACUUAAAAGAGGUCGUCAAUAAGCUUAUCCCAGACUCCAUCGCACAGGAUGCUCGAAAAGCUGCUUCAUGGAUCUAUCCACUCAGUGAAACUUUCAUCCGUAAGGUUAAGGUGCUGAAAAAGCCGAAAGCUGAUCUUGCCCGGCUGAUGGAACUUCACGGUGAAUCAAAGUCAACUGCCCCUGGUGAAUCUGUUUCUCGCCCAGAUCACUAUGAACCUCCGAAAGUUGAUUCAGUGUAA